AUGCAAACUCAAAUACAAAAUCAUAAAGAUCGAUCAAGAUGCGUGACGUUGGCGUCACCUAAGAAUUUGUACGAUAAUUUACUUCUACUCAUUAACGAGAAAUUUGGAAAGGAAGAAAAGGACCGCUUCGAAUUCUGGUUUAGAAACGAUUUGCCAUGUUCAGUUCUGGAAUCCCGAAAUCUGUUGAAGUGCUUUCAGACCUUGGAGAAGAAAGGAAAAUUAUCGUGGAACGACGUUAAUUUCUUGGUCGAUUUCCUUAAAAAAGGUUCGUGUGACGACUUGGUAUCUGUAGCUCGACAUUACCAAGCAAGAAUAAGAGUCAUUCGAUUCUUUCAAAGGCAUCUUCAAGCAAAUUUACCUGAAUUGUGUUUAG